AUGACGGCCUGGCAGACAGACGAUGAGUAUAUGAAUGCGCAGGGCGCAGUCUCACUGCCUCCACGAGAGUACGUUCCUUAUAGAACGCCCUCGACUCGAUCAAGAAAGUCGCGACGUUCGGCACGCUCAAUCACCCCACCAGCAAAGAAGAAGAUAUCGCCGUCUAGAAAUGGGAACGCUUCCAAACGUUCGUCAAGAGAUAUCACAACCGAUGAACAAAUUAGUAUUCUCGAUCCGCGGCGCUUCACUCCUACUCUACACGCCAACUUGGUGUCUGAAAUUUUGUCACUACGAAGAGACCAGGAAGAGAAAACCAGAGUAAUUGAGAGCCUCGAAAGUACGCUCCAGACAAGCAGAGAAGAACAAGAGGCGCUACAGAACAGUAUCAACGCAUCGACCAAAGAGACGCGUUCGCUACAGCGACAGUUAUCUUUACUAGAGGGUGGAACUUCCUCGGCAUUGGGCGACCUUUCACGAGAAAGGGAUGAAGCUGUCGAUUCUGCAGCCGAUAUUAAAAAGCGCUUAGAAGCUGCUCAGAAGAAAAUUCGUAACCAAGAGGAAGACUCCCAACGAGUUCAUGAUCAAUGGGCUGAAGAAAAGGAGAACUGGGAAGAUGAAAAACGCAAAUAUGAGCGGCGAAUUCAUGUGGCGGAAAGCCGCCUCAAAAUAGUGCUUGAUGAAGUAGAGGCCUACCAGGCUAAUCACGUACAGGGAGCCUCUCAACAUGGCAAUGGGCACGAGAGUGAAGGUGAAGACAGUGGCAGAGAAAAUGAUGCAGCUAGUGUCAGAACAAUGAGCCUCACGAGUAGCAUUCGGUACUCUCUGGCUAACGGACCUGGCUUCUCUCUCAAUGGGUUUUCCCUGGCAGAUGAGCUCAAGUUCGAUGAUACUGAUGAACAGACCGAUAUUGACGGACGCGAGAGCGUCUUCUCGAGCCCACGAGUCGCGAGCCCACGACAACACCGCCGAACAUUUAGUCGUGAGAGCGUCAUUAGCAAGCUCCAUCGGAAGAAUAAGAGCAUCGACAGCGUGAAGCGUGCUGGUAGCGUCGCACGUGGUAGGAUUUUUAUGAAUCAGUCAGUUCUAGAGGCGCUCGAGGGCGAGGAUGAAGAAACAGAAGGAGAAGAUUCUCGAAUUCAAUAUUCUCCUAUUUCUGAAUACUCAUGCACCGAUGCGGGAGCUCAAUAUUCUGCACCACCCUCCCCUAUGUUGGAGGUUGUAGAACCUAUUGAGCCGGAGCCUGUUAUCUUGGAAGCAGUUGAUAAGAAACCGGAGCCAAAGACUCCUCCGCGUUCAUCCGAAGUCGAAGCAAAUCAACGAAAGAAGCGUGUUAGCCUACCUCUUAGUAUCGAACCACCCGCUUUGCUCCAGCGCAUGGUAUCAUCUGCUUCCCAAACAGUUGAGGUUCCCCUAACACCUCCAAAGACGCCAAAUUCGCAGCACGCCGUUCCCGAGCCUUCACCUACUGAAGUCAAAAUGCCAAAGGCUGGGCCAAAGAUGGUAACUUCGUCUACACAAACUGAGGCUCCUGCUCCUGCAGUACCGCCUAUGCCGCUACCCCCAUUAGAGACACGCAUUCCGAGUAUCAGUAUCCAACCACCAACCAGUCGACCUGCGUCGCCGCAUUCACCCAAGUUACCUCAAUAUUUCAAAGACAUCGGCUGCCAAGUUAAUAUCCCUAUUAAAGUGGACACAGUUGAUUCUUGCUCCCAGACGGAGGCAAUCCAGAUCGACAAGAGGCGGCUGGCUAAUUUACCAGCACAUCUUCAGCCCUCUUCUAUCACCUCUCGGCCCACCUCCCCUCAUCCGUCAGGUGUUGCUAUUCUCGACAAGAGUCCUCUUCUUGGCACUGUACCUCCUCGAAAUCCUCGACGAUUGGAAAGCAGCCGGUACAGUACCGAACUUCCAUCUUCCCCUAUCAGCAUCUCGAUGGAUGGCCCAGAUCUGCACGAGUUCAAUGAUGAUCUUCUCCUGUCCAACCCACACGCUCCGAUAAUACCACCUCGUCGAUUCAGCAGCCUCUUCUCUGGCUUUUACACUGAUUCAGACGAGAUUGACGAAUUUGGAGAGCUAGACUUUAGUGAUUCUGAGUACCGAACAGCUUUGACGGCUCCUAGACCUCCAUCUAACUUGAGCCGGACCGGAAAGCGAAGUUCUGUGGGCACAGUAGCGACCUCACCGGAUCAGCAUUCCAAACGUUCUGGCAGGACGUCUGCAAGAUCGGUAAGGAGUGACUUGUAUAGUGUUGAAGAAGGUGAUGCUAGAUCCGGCAGGUCGAGCAGGGCCACGGAGAAGUCGCCGGUCCCUGCUGCAAGUGCAUCGAGCCGCAACAACGCUAUGCGCAAUGCCGCCAUGGCUCAGACUGGUAUGGUGAACUACCCUACCAUUGUUGAGCCUAAGAACCCACCGCCGUUUCCUAUCCCAGCCCGAGCGAGUUCACGGAAGCCCUCACGGCAGCCAUCUAUCAGUACUAGCAUUCCAAGUGAUGGACGCAGUACCCCAUCAAAUACUAGUUGGCAUCGUCGAAGCGGUAGUCGCACUUAUCAGGUCAAUAACGUUCGCCGUGUCCGUUCUGCAAAUAAUCUGCCACGGCAUGAACGCCAUCAUAGGACAGGCAGCCGAACACCACCGUUGUCACCAUCAACUGAAGCUCCUGAUAGCCCUGGUCUCCCCCCCUUGCCUCGAAAUGACAUCACUACGCCGCGUAACCGCGAAGACAGCAGUUAUAGAAGACAUCGACAUCAACCAUCCAACACUACCGUUGUGACUGCCAACACAGAAGCCGCGUCCCAGACAAGCUCACAAUCCCCGGGAGUGGUGGAUGCGAUUGCCCAGACUAUGGUUGGAGAAUGGAUGUUCAAAUAUGUCCGCAGGAGGAAAUCGUUUGGUGUUGGGGAUAGUGCGCAUAAAGACGAGACUAGCAACGAUAGACACAAGCGAUGGGUUUGGAUAGCACCGUAUGAGAGAGCGAUUCUAUGGAGCAGCAAACAACCGUCUUCUGGUAGUGCUCUGUUAGGGAAGACGGGGCGCAAACUGGCGAUCCAGUCGGUACUGGACGUCAAGGAUGACAAUCCCUCGCCUAGGGGCAUUACUACACCUAUCUUUAACAGAUCAAUCUUGAUUCUCACACCGCAGAGAGCCCUCAAGUUCACAGCUUCCACAGCAGAGAGACAUUACCUCUGGCUGACGGCUUUAUCAUUCCUGGCCCAUUCUUACCAGGCAGUCCCUGACGUUAUAUCUCCCCAACCCCAGCAACACCUUUCAGUUAAACAGCGGCCACUUCCCAAUUUUGAACCACCGCGUCCUACCAAGCUGACAAGAGGGGGGAUCCGAGAUUCUAUUCGGCUAGCCAAAGGCCGGGCCGUUGCGCCAAAGACUGAGCUGACGAGCAUGCCCAGCAUUCCUGAUGUCCCGACACUGAGGAUGGGCGAUGUAGCUAGCUUUCGAGUGGCAGAAUCCGUAUCAGGGCCCGGACACGCUAGGGAAAUCUCGGUGGACGCUGCCGAGCCACCUAUGAUACGUCGCUUCAAUAAUGAGCGUACAGGCCAUAACCAGACGCAUCACGGACGCAAGCGAAGCAAUACAGGAGGCAACGUUCACCCGCCGCUAUCCUUCCGAGGCUUCUCGCCAGCUCUGGGUGAGAGCAGCCACCAUUCUGCGAACAGCACAGCUGGCGCUAGCAUUGAUACCGCUGGUUCUUCUGAUAUCUACCCCUCUCAGGCAUCUACCAUCGGAAGCUGGGGUAUUGCUCAAACUUCCAUGUCAGCAGUAUCGUCGCAAGGCAAUUUCUUUGAUGCAAUCGGUACUGUGCGAAUGGAAGCAUUCAUUAGCCCUCAUGCUCACCAACAAUACGAGGGGUACCAAGACGAUGACUAUAGAUCUCUUGCACGGAAGAAGAGCAAAGAAUUCCGCCGACGUACCAGCCGGCAUCGGCGCCGAGCCCAAAUGUCCAGGAGCGCGCGAGGAUCUGAUGAGUUCUUCAGUGGAAGCAAGACCGCGGGAGAGGAAGACUUUUUCCAAGACGAUCCUUUCAGCGGGUUUUAA